UUGUCAAACCCAUAUAUCUAAUUUUCACGUGAUCCUCGACCAGUUCUUGUGAUCUCGUUAUUAAUCGUUCAGUACUGCAAUCAAUAUGGGCUCCAGCCGGUUAUCAUAUUUGUUUCUGGCAAUUUCUGUGUUCCAGUUCCUUGGGGCUGGUAUUUGCACAGAAUUGGUACCUGUCUAUCUAUGGGAAACCACAAAAUCAAAUGAAAUUGUUCCGGCUAUUGGUCAUGUGAAUGAGGGCACAUUCAAAGAAAUCUUAUUGGAAAAAGUCGAAAAGAGCAACCCUCAGAUUGUGGUUUUCGCAGAGCCAAAUCUGAGCCCAGAAGAUUUUGUUGUUCAAGACAAGAAAACAUUCCAAAAUGUAGCCAAAAUCAGUUCCACUGUGCAAGUGAGCUACAUGCCCUUGGUUGAGAACCCUGUUGAAACAGUUAAAGACUUGCUAACUAAGGAUGUCACUGUAGUAUCGAUCAACGAAAUUUUGAACAAUGAAUUGCCUGAGUCUAGGGUCCUAAUUGUUAACUUAAAUGAUGCUAAAGACGAUGAGGAUAGGAUUGAUAUGCUUAGAAGACAUGAUGCCACAAUUGUUGAAUUGUAUUCCAAAAUCCUUAAACAGCACAAGCAUGUUCUGGCUAUCUUGACUGGCCUCCAUUCCUCAUGGGUUGUACCAGAACAAGCAAAAAGCCAACGCCAAAGUCGUCACAUUUUGGCUGAUGAUACGGAAAAGGAAGAACACAGAAGUUUUGCUAAAGGAGAUUUCUUUUUGAUGUAUUUAGGAUCGGGGAACUUGGUAAAAGGCGAUAAAAUUGAACCUUUCAAACUUAAGGAAUCUGAUAUUGCCUAUAGCCAAAAUGAGACCUUUAGUUUUGUAACAAUGACCACCAAUUUAACCAUCCCAGAACUGCGAUUUACCAUUUAUAACCAAUCUUAUGGAUACUGGCACUUUAUCGAACUUCAGUACAACAACGAAUUUUACAAGAUCAACAAGACCUUCGCCCCAAUGAAAUUCUCCUACCAUUGCCAUAACUACUCCAUCUCUAUGAAAGACAUGCGCAUAGAUUUCUUGGGAUUGCAGAUGCAAUUCGGACCUACGAAGAAUGUAUCCAGAUUCUCAGAUUCCUACGACUGCAUCGGCUUCACGUCUGCUCCAAUUUGGUCAGGACUAUUCAUCAGCUUCAUCUUGGUCCUAAUCCUUACUGCCGGUUUGGUCAUGAUGAUGGACAUCAAGACUAUGGAUAGAUUCGACGACCCCAAGGGCAAGACAAUCAUCGUAAAUGCAUCUGAAUAAGCAGUAGUCUAAAUAAUCUUAGUGUCUAAGGAUAGCAGAUGCAUUUAAGAUCAUUCUUUAAAUGCGUCCAUUAUCCUGACGAGCCUUCCAUUUGUAGCUCAGUGUGUUUAAAUAAUAACUCUUGGAAAUAUUUUUUUUUACAAGUGACGGUUACAUUGUGAUAUAUAGAGCUCAUUAUUACCUCACUUGUCCAUCAGAUUAAGUUUUAGUUAAUUAGGCCUAACGAUGAAAGUGGAAACGAGAGAUAAAACAAACAAACCCGCGGUAUUAUAGAGGUAACAAACAAGCAACAAACCCAAAACCUGUUAAGUUUCGAGUCAUCCGUAUCAUCCUAACGUUUUGUUGUUAGAAUCGUUUGAAUUCAAUUACACGUAAAUGAAACAAGAAAAUGGGUUCAAGGCCGUUCUUACAUUCCGUUCAAGCUCUUUAUACCAUGAAUGAUACCUAGCCUUAACCAGUGUUCACGUUCGUUCAUUUUUUUACGCACACUAACAACAACAACAAA